GAACUACCAGUCUCGAAGUUAAACUUCGCCGCUCAAACGUACAGCAGCACUCGGCGCCUGGGUACAGUUCCUCUGCCGACGCGUGUUUAGACUAAAGCUACAGGAUGGACAGAGAAACCUGGUCCUGAGGAGAAUCGGUGCGUUCCUGCUUGGAGUGCAUCUGGGAUUUUAUUGUUUAUUUGGAUUUUGUUUUAUUUGUUUUCAUAGAAGUCGUCUAACAGCAAAAAACAAGAUUUUAUUGAUUUUAGUAACAGACGAGUAGCAAGACAGCCCCUGUUCACAACGGAAUACAAGGAAACAUUGUAUCAGUCUGGGAAAGGACAAGAAUGGGGAGCCGGGGCCAUUACCGGUACCACUGGCAGAGCCACAAUGUCAAGCAGAGUGGAGUGGACGACAUGGUCCUCCUCUCCAAGAUUAACGAGGACGCCAUUGUAGACAACCUCAAGAAGAGAUACAUGGACGACUACAUCUUUACUUACAUUGGUCCAGUCCUGAUCUCUGUCAACCCAUUCAAACAGAUGCCGUACUUUGGAGACAAGGAAGUAGAGCUGUAUCAGGGUGCGGCCCAGUAUGAGAAUCCACCUCACAUCUACGCCCUGGCAGACAACAUGUACCGAAACAUGAUGAUUGACCGUGAGAACCAGUGUGUCAUUAUCAGUGGAGAGAGUGGUGCAGGGAAAACAGUGGCAGCCAAGUACAUAAUGAGCUACAUCUCCAGAGUGUCCGGAGGAGGGCCUAGAGUACAGCAUGUUAAAGACAUCAUCCUCCAGUCCAACCCCCUCCUGGAGGCCUUCGGGAAUGCCAAGACAGUGAGGAACAACAACUCCAGCAGAUUUGGGAAAUACUUUGAGAUCCAGUUCAGCUCCGGCGGCGAGCCAGAUGGAGGGAAAAUCUCCAAUUUCCUGCUGGAGAAAUCACGCGUUGUCAUGAGGAAUCCUGGCGAGAGGAGCUUCCAUAUAUUUUAUCAGUUGAUAGAGGGAGCUAGUGGAGAACAGAAGAGCAGCCUGGGAAUCACAAGCCUAGAUUAUUACAACUAUCUCAAUCAGUCCGGGUCCUACAAAGUGGAUGACAUCAAUGACAAAAGCGAUUUCCAGGAAACUACGCAUGCCAUGGAUGUGAUUGGCAUCUCAGGGGAAGAUCGCGGCAUGGUGCUGCAGAUCGUGGCUGGAGUCCUGCACCUUGGGAACAUCAACUUCAGGGAGGCGGGGAACUAUGCUGCAGUUGAGAGUGAGGAGUUCCUUGCCUUCCCCGCGUUCCUGCUGGGUAUUGACCAGAUGCGGCUGAAGGACAAGCUGACCAGUAGGAAGAUGGACAGCAAGUGGGGCAGUUCCAUGGAGUCCAUUGACGUGACGCUGAAUGUGGAGCAGGCAUGUUACACCCGUGAUGCCCUGUCCAAGGCCCUGCACUCACGAGUCUUUGACUUCUUAGUGGAGUCCAUCAACAAAGCCAUUGUGAAGGUUCAUCAGGAGUUAAAUAUUGGUGUCUUGGAUAUCUAUGGAUUUGAAAUAUUCCAAAAAAACGGCUUUGAGCAGUUCUGCAUCAAUUUUGUGAAUGAAAAAUUGCAGCAGAUCUUCAUUGAGUUGACUCUUAAAGCGGAGCAGGAGGAGUAUGUACAAGAAGGCAUCCGAUGGACUCCCAUUGAAUACUUCAACAACAAGAUUGUCUGUGAUCUCAUUGAGAGCAAACUGAACCCCCCUGGCAUCAUGAGCAUCCUGGAUGAUGUGUGUGCCACCAUGCAUGCGGUGGGGGAGGGGGCCGACCAGACCCUCCUGCAGAAGCUGAGGGUGGCCAUCAACUCCCAUGAACACUUCAACAGCUGGAACCAAGGCUUCAUCAUCCACCACUACGCCGGCAAGGUGUCCUAUGACGCAGAGGGCUUCUGUGAAAGGAACCGUGACGUCCUCUUCAGUGACCUCAUCGAGUUGAUGCAAAGCAGCGAAAUAGCUUUCAUAAGGGCCCUGUUUCCAGAGAACCUCAAUGCAGAGAAGAAGGGUCGGCCGACGACAGCGGGCAGCAAAAUCAAGAAACAAGCGAAUGACCUGGUGCAGACACUGAUGAAAUGCACCCCUCACUACAUCCGCUGCAUCAAACCCAAUGAGACCAAGAAGCCCAAAGACUGGGAGGAGAGCCGGGUGAAGCACCAGGUGGAGUACUUGGGCCUGAAGGAGAACAUCCGAGUGAGGCGUGCUGGCUAUGCCUACCGCAGAGUCUUCAGGAAAUUCUUAAACAGGUAUGCCAUCCUGACUAAGGAAUCAUGGCCUACAUGGCGUGGAGAUGAGAAGCAAGGUGUUCUCCAUCUCUUACGGGCAGUCAACAUGGACCAAGACCAGUUCCAGCUCGGACGCACAAAGGUUUUCAUUAAAGCUCCUGAAUCGCUCUUCCUGUUGGAGGAGACGAGGGAACGGAAGUUUGACAGCCACGCCAGGGCCAUCCAGAAAGCCUGGCGCAAAUAUGUGGCCCGCAAGAAGUAUGUUCAGAUGAGGGAGGAAGCCUCUGACCUGCUGUUGAACAGGAAGGAAAGGAGGAGACAUAGCCUCAACAGGAACUUUGUGGGGGACUACCUAGGUAUGGACGACAGGCCGGAGCUACGACAGUUCCUGGCCAAGAGGGAGAAGAUUGACUUUGCUGACAAAGUCACAAAAUACGACCGUCGCUUUAAAGGCAUUAAGCGAGACCUGAUUUUGACCCCGAAGUGUGUGUACCUGAUUGGAAGGGAAAAGGUGAAACAGGGCCCUGAGAAAGGUCAAGUGACUGAGGUGCUGAAGAGGCGUAUCGAGGUGGAAAAGAUCCUGGCUGUGUCUCUCAGUACAAUGCAGGAUGAUCUGCUGAUCCUUCAUGAGCAAGAGUAUGACAGUCUGCUGGAGUGCACAUUUAAGACCGAGUUUAUAAGCCUGCUGGCCCGCAGGUUCGAGGAAAGGACCCAGAGGAAGCUGCCACUUAAGUUUGGCAACACAUUGGAGCUGAAGCUGAAGAAGGAGAGCUGGGGCUUUCUGAGUGGAGGUGGCUCCAGACAGGUGACAUUUGUCCAUGGCCAGGGGGACGUGGCUGUCAUGAAGCCCUCCAGUAAGAUGCUGCAGGUCAGCAUCGGAGCCGGCCUGCCCAAGAACACACGUCCCUCCAAAAAGAGCUUCACUCAGAGUCGCUCCAGAAUGUCCAGAACACACCAGAACACACCCACACGGGCUGCACCUGGGCCUCCAGUUGCCCAUCAGAAUGGUGGUCCGAAGAACUUGAAUCACAUGGCAAAUCACAGGAACGCCUCACAGCAUUCCAAUCAGAGGCCUCCGCCAUCGGGUCAUGGGUCCCGCCCUUUCCUACCCAACAACAUCAACCCGAGGGACAGAGACAGCAGCAAGGCUCAGCCCAAUCUGGACUGUCUGAAAGUCCCUGACCAGGGCGCGGCAGGUAACGGAGACGCCCGGACAGCUUCAAAUGGAGGAAUUGUCCAACGCCAGUCGGUCAGUAGACCACCCCCUGGAGGGGGGCGACCCAAACCUGCACCAAAACCCAAGCCCCAGGUACCCCAGUGCAAAGCCCUGUAUGCCUAUGAUGCUCAAGACACAGAUGAGCUCAGUUUCAAUGCAGAUGAUGUCAUCGACAUCAUCAAGGAAGAUGCUUCUGGCUGGUGGACAGGGAGGUUACGGGCAAAGCAGGGCCUGUUCCCUAACAACUACGUCAGCAAGAUCUAGGAGACGCCUGAAGAACACCUGUGAAGUACCAAGAGAGAAGCACACGCCUCUACUGACUUUAAAUGGAGACAGAGCUACCAAACAAAAACAAAGGGAUUGUGUGAGUUUCUCGACUCCUGCAUUGAGGCCUUCUUCUGGAUUCAUCUUCCUGUUUCUCUGGACAGACGAGUGUCAGGCUUACAAACAAGUUCUAUUUUUAUGGGGAUCUGAGGACAAUACUUUCUCCAGGGGAAUAUUGCUACACGAUCCUUGUGAGCACUGAACAAAACUAUUUAUUGUAUUUAUAUAGCUUUCUACAUUCCCCUCCAUCUUUUUCACCUUGAUAUGGUUUUAUGGUUAUCUUUUGGACGGGUAGAGAUAAGUAUGCAUGAUGUGGGACCAGACUGUAAUUUAAUUUUUCUCAUUUUGGAAAUGAAAGGGUUUUAACCAAGAGUUCUGGGUGGUUGCCAAGAAGUCACUCUCUGUGUUUUAGAUUAAGUUUUAAAUAGCCUGUGUAGUGUUGUUCAGUAUAUUUUUAGUGGGAAUUUGUGCUGCUAAAAAUUUAUUCAGAUAGUAUUGCCUACAAUCAAUAUUUUGACACAUACCAAAAAAACAUUAACAUGAAAUGGAUAUUUAAUGGUUCGUUGCACUGCGAUGUUAUCUACUUCAAUGGAUAUUACUAGAAAAACCAACCAAUUGCCCAUGUUUAUUGGUCCACAGAACAAUUAAUAAGUGUGACUUUCAAUACCCCACCUUUCCCAGAGAUAUCGCCAGAACUGUAGGCCACACCAUGUACUGUACUCUGAGUGUAUUGUCUAUGAUUUGAAAGCACUUUAUCAGUAGCUACAGGUACUAACUUGGACACAGACUGGUCAAUCCCGCCACAGCCAGUAAUCCUCAAAUGUAAUGAAGGGUGGAUUGCCAAAAUAAUGAGCCUAAUUUCUGGAGAGAAUCAUUUGUUUACACAGAAUUAUAAUACAGGCAUUUUAGAUCUAUGUAUGUACAUUUGACAUUAUGGAAUUAGGUCUGGGAUAGAUUUAAACCUGCCAUAACAAUGCUGUCUUUAUAUACAAUAUUAGUCCAGUGCCCAUGUCUAAUUCUGGAAAGUGAAAGCAUACUUUGAAGAGGGUCACCAUGGUAGUUGAAGUCUGUGUUCAUUUUAUAAUUGGAAUAAGAUCUACAUAUUACUGCACUGCGGGUUUGGUUGAAUUAAGCCGUCUACUGUUUGUUGCAAAUUCAUGUUAUUUUCCUCUCUAGGAUUCGAUUCUUACGACUCUGCUUUUGAUAUUUCAGGUGUUUUCAAUAUGAUGCACAUUUCCAGUGUCAGAUUUUGACUUAAUAUGCCAUUUCUAAUCACUUAGAAGCUGAAAUUCAGACUUGCCUUAUGCAUGUGCAUAAGUCUUUGCAAGUUGAUUGUGGUUCCCUCCCAUGCUCUGUACACAUAAUACAACCAAACACAGGACAAGAAAUGAGACAGCCCACUCAGACACUGCCAUUACUUUGCUUACAUGGGCAUCUCUGGCCUGCUUACUGCCCUGUUAGGGGAAGAGCUGCCCAUCUCAAGCCACAACUCCAUCACUGAAACAUAGAUAUUCCCCAACUGAUAGCUGGUUGUAAUUGUUACCCAUGGUGAGUCAGAACACACAGGAAUGACAAUUAAAUGUAACCAUGUAUGCACAGACAGGGUCUCUAUCAGGUCAAGUAUAGAAGCACAUUGAUGUAUUUAAUGGUGCUAUGAAGGAUUUGUUUUCUUGCUGAUCUCCAGUAAAUAUCUUCCAUUACUCA